AUGACCCUUAAUAGACAAUCAACCUUUCUAUCAUAUCUACAAGGAAAACCGUUCAUCCGUCUUGAUCAAAAUGGAUUGAAAGGGUCACGGGACAUAGGGCUAGAUAUUAAGAUACGCGUAAAGAAUAAAAUGAACGUAGGGACAUUUUUUGCCGAUUCGUCGAAACUGGUUGAAGAAUCACGACAUUUCCGAAGUUUGGUAAAAGGUGCGGACAUAGCCAAGGAAGGCGGCUGUAAGGUUAUAGAAGUCGACGGUAUAGAACCCGACGUGUUUGAGAAGACGAUUAGGUAUGUAACGGUUCGGCUUAACGCAGAAUGCAAAGGUGCGGCCAAGUUUCGCAUAUUCUAUUACUAUUGCAUAUUCUACGUAAUUAUUGAUUCGUUGACAAUAUUAAUUGACUGCAUUACCAGAUAUUUUUACGCCAAAGAACUUGAUGCAAUAGACUUCACAAUCCCGACGCUACUAGAAAUGUACAUAACAGCCACAAAUUUAGACUUAACCUUUCUUGCCUGGGACCUCUCCGCCAAACUCCUCGAAUGUCCAACUUUGCUCACAGAACACGACGAUCUUGUCUCGAUCUUAAAUAAAGUAUACAAAUAUGACGCGCUUGUUUGGGUACAGCAUCAACUCUCAUCCCAGGUAAAUCAAAUGUUACCUGAUCUAUAUUCUUCUCCAAAACUAGUAUACCUGGAGGAAGGGCCUUUACGUGCACUAGCAAUGCAUUCGAAUCAACAUGGGAACCAACGAAUGUUUAUCGAUAUCAUUAUUAAAUGGGGGCUUGCUCAAUGUGGGCUGUUGGGAAGCAGAGUUAAACAUUGGAGCGAAGCAGAGUUCACCAUGUUGAUGGCAACUAUUGGAGAUAUAAUUGCUGCUAAUCUGUAUUUUGUCGAAUACCCGCGGAGUUAUGCUCAUUCGAAAGUGUUGCCUAUAAAAAAGCUGGUGUGGGAAGGCUCACUGCAUGUAAUAAACGAUUCAGAAGGGCAAGAAAAUGCACGAUCAAGCAUCCAAUGCACGUCCAAAUCCUUUGAUCCUAUAAGUCCUGCAGCAAGCGAAUAUUUACAGGAAAAGAUGGAAACGUUCAAAGAGUUGUUCGAAGAAAAGACGAGAAAAUCGAGUCUGUUUGAAAAAGUGAAACGCUUUUUCCAAAGUUUACGAGAAUCCGAUCGAAAUUCGCACUUAUAUAUGGCUCCUGCCCAACUACUGUUAAAGUUUCAUAAACAGCCUGAGAAUAAUGUGUCAUUUUCUGGUUUCUAUUCUCAACAAAAUAAGAGCGAAGCGCCAUGUCUUGUCACUAUGGCAACGUCGGAGAGAAUUUACGCCGUAUUCUUCCCGUCUGGUAUCGAUCUGGAUGUGAUCAAGUUCGCGAUAUACUUGAUGAAAUGUAACAUUGGACCGUUCAUGGAUGCGUGGAAAUUGAGCAAUAAUACGCGAAGUAAAAAGAACAAAAAGCAGGAACGCUGUGCAUAUGCGACUGCCUGGGAAUUAUGUAAUUACAAUAAAGUGUGUAAGAACUGGAUAUCAGACAAUGCACAUGUAUAUGGAGUUACGAAGAGUAUUUGCAGAAAGAAGUCUUUGAAAGACAUCGAGGCAGCAUUGGAAGGUAGUGACUUUAGAGUUUACGACAUUAUAAGGAAGAAAAUAGAAGUCGGUGUUAUGGAGUAA